AUGAGAUCUCUACCUGCUAAGUUUAUUCCCCAGAUUGCUGCCAUACAACAGAGUAAAGAUCUAGAAAAAAUGAGAGUAGAGGAACUUGUAGGUUCACUGCAAACCUUUGAGCUUUUGUUAACCCAGUCAAAAACCUCAAAAAAUGUUGCUCUUAAGAUCAAAACUCCUAAAGAAAAAUCUAGAGAUUCAUCCAGUAAGGAUUCAGGAGAUGAUGAAAAAAUUGCCUUGAUUGUUUGGAAGUUUCGAAAAUUUGUCAAACCUAGAUCUGAGAAUUUUAAAGGUAAGGAUCAUAAAAAACCUGUGAAUGCUAGACAUGAAGGUAGAGAAAACUCCCAAGACAGAAAUGUCUUUGAUCAGAAAGACAAAGUUCCUCGUGGUCGUAAGUGUCAUGAGUGUGGAGAUAAUGAUGACUCUGAAGAAGAUGAAGAAGAAAAUGUUAACUACUUAGCCUUUACUGCUUCAUAUGGUAAUCAGUCAUAUACCUCAGGUGUGCAAGAUGUUUCUGAAUAUGAAUCUGAUAAUGAGUAUGAUCUACAAACUGCUUAUAAUCAAAUGUUUCAGGAGUUUAAUAAUCUGUGUGACAAGAUAUUUUUUAAGGAGCUCAAAAAAGGCAGAAAUGGAAACAUUACCUAUGGGGAUGGCAGUAAGUCUAAGGUAAUAGGUCAAGGGAUUGUGGAAGUUCCUGGUGUAGCUUCUCCUCAAGACGUGCUAUAUGUGGAAGGGCUCAAAGCAAAUCUUCUGAGUAUCAGUCAAUUUUGUGAUAAUGAUCUUGUAGUACAAUUCUCAAAGAAAGAAUGUAGCAUAUUCGAUGCUCAAGGAAAAUGGUUAAUGGGAGGAGAUCGGACAUCUGAUAAUUGCUAUGGUAUCUCUCCAACCAUGCAGACUAAAUGUCAAAAAGUUUCUCUAGACAUUGGAGAAUUGUGGCAUCAACGGUUGGGACAUUUGAAUUAUCAUGAUCUAGUUAAGAUAGCUAAGAAAGAAGCUAUUAAUCAUUUACCCAAAAUCAACUAUCUGGAGAAAGGAAAAUGUGGACCAUGUUAG